UGCUGUAACGUGUCCCUGAGCGCGCGCGGAGGGACAUCGCAAUCUAACCACACGGCUGCAAAGUGGCUCGCGGCCCGUUAGGGCCCGAAGGAGACGGGAAGGAUCUUCAAGAUGUGGAAAGUGGCCCUAUUGCUUGCCCUGCUGAGCCCAAAUCUGAUGCUCAAACACAGCUACGCUCAGAGCCAUUUGGGUUUCUUCCGCUUCUUGCACAAAUAUUCUCCAUCUUGCAUGUCUUCUGAUGGAGACCCGGGCCAUCCCCUGUUUCUUACACCUUACAUUAAAAAUGGGAAAAUCCUGGAAGGGAGGGAUUUGAGUUUGGUUGAUCCUAUCCCUGGAGCAAACGUGAAAAGUUACUCGGGCUAUUUCACUGUGAAUGAGACCUAUAACAGCAAUCUCUUCUUCUGGUUCUUCCCUGCUCAGAUUCAACCAGAGGAUGCCCCAGUCGUCCUGUGGCUCCAGGGUGGUCCAGGAGGCUCAUCCAUGUUUGGACUCUUCGUUGAGCAUGGACCUUACAUUGUCGACAAGAACCUCACAUUGCGUGAUCGAGAUUUCUCUUGGACAUCCAAAUUUUCCAUGAUUUACAUUGACAACCCGGUUGGCACCGGCUUCAGUUUUACUACUGAUGACAAGGGAUAUGCAGUCAAUCAAGAUGACGUAGCAAGAGACUUAUACAGUGCUCUCACUCAGUUUUUCCAGCUGUUUCCUGAGUAUCAGAAGAAUGAAUUUUAUGUCACAGGAGAGUCCUAUGCAGGGAAAUAUGUGCCUGCCAUCUCUCACUUCAUCCAUACCCACAAUCCCAAAGCAAAGCUGAAGAUUAACUUGAAGGGAAUUGCAAUUGGAGAUGGAUUUUCUGAUCCUGCGUCGCUAAUAGGCGGUUAUGCUGACUUCAUGUACCAAAUUGGCUUGUUGGAUGAGAAGCAGAGAGACUACUUCCAGAAGCAAUGUGAUGAGAUCUUGAAGUACAUCAAGAAGGGGAACUGGAUCAAGGCCUUUGAAAUAUUUGAUAGUCUGCUGAAUGGUGACCAACAAAGUGCUCCUUCUUUCUUCCAGAAUGCCACUGGAUGUUCAAAUUAUUACAAUUUCUUGCAGUGCCAGGAGCCUGAAGAAGACAGUUACUUUGUUAAGUUCCUGUCAUUGUCUGAAGUGAGAAAAGCAAUCCACGUUGGAAACCUCACAUUUAAUGAUGGAGCUGAAGUUGAAAAGCACUUGCUGGAAGAUGUGAUGAAGUCUGUCAAGCCGUGUUUAGUUAAUAUCAUGAACAAUUAUAGGGUUCUGAUCUACAGCGGGCAGCUUGACAUUAUAGUGGCGGCACCCCUGACGGAGCAUUUCCUGAUGACCGUCAAGUGGAAGGGAAUGCGGGAAUACCAAAAGGCAAACAAAAACAUUUGGAAGAUCCAACUCUUGGACACGGAAGUGGCUGGUUACGUGCGGCAGGUUGACGAUUUCCAUCAGGUGAUUGUUCGAGGUGGAGGACACAUCUUACCCAAUGACCAGCCUGCGAGAACCUUUGACAUGAUGAACCGAUUUAUCUUUAAUAAAGGAUGGUGCUCUUAACUGGUGGUUGGCACCCCAAAGAUGGAAACAUGUUUAAUGAAUGAGUGAUGUAGAAAUUUUUUUUAAAAAUUAAAGAUAUGGUGAUGUAAAUGAUAUAGAGUUCACAGUGAAAUGGUAUUUUUCAUCAAUAAAGUGCUUCUCCAAACAUA